AUCUCUAUAUAACAGGAGACUGGAAUGAAUCCCCUGUAGUUCAGUACACCUCUUGUAGUGAAGCUUGUGUAUCUCUUAGCAGUGACUGAUCAUCAUGUCAUACUCCAGCCAAAGCUCAUUCAGUUCCGGGGGCCCCUUCAAGGCAUCCCAAGCAGGGUCUGGAAGUUCUUCCUUCAUGUCCUCUGGGGGUUCUUCCAUGCGGAGAGCUCCUAGCAUUUACGAGGGCGCUGGAGGCUUCGGUACCCAAGUCUUGAGCCAGUCCAGGUCAGCCAGUUUUGGAGGGUAUAGUGGAGGCUUUGGCAUGGGAGGAGGAAGAGCAGGAGGAGCAGGGGACUUCGGUGCCAGUGGAGACCUUGGUCUCUCCAUCAACGAGAAGGCCACCAUGCAGAACCUCAAUGACCGUCUGGCUGCCUACCUAGAGAAGGUGCACUCUCUGGAGACUGCCAAUUCCAAGCUGGAGAUCCAGAUCCAGGAAUUCCUGAAGCUGAAGAUGCCACAGAGCGACCGAGAUUAUAGCACCUAUGAAAAGAUCAUCCAUGACCUCCAGCAACAGAUCAUUGCUGCUCGUCUUACAAAUUCCAAGAUUACCCUUCAAGUUCAUAACACAAAGCUGGCUGCUGACGACUUUCGCGUGAAGUACGAGGCUGAGCUGGCAAUGAGGCAGUCCAUCGAGGCCGACAUCGUCGGACUGAGGAAGGUCCUGGACGAGCUGACUCUGACCAGAUCCAACCUGGAGAUGGAGAUCGAGGGGCUGGUGGAGGAGCUGAUCCACCUCAAGAAGAACCACGAGGAGGAUCUGGCAUCUCUCAAGGCUCAGACUAAUUCCGGAUCGGUCAAUGUGGAGGUGGACGCUGCCCCACAGCAGGACCUAUCCAGAGUCCUGGAUGAAAUCAGAGCGCAGUACGAGGGCAUCGCUGCCAAGAAUACCCGCGAGAUUGAGGCCUGGUACAAGGACAAGUUUGACACUCUGAACCAGCAGGUCACCUCCAGCACCACUGAGAUCCAGACCAGCAAGACUGAGAUCAAAGACUUGAAACGAACGCUGCAGGGCCUGGAGAUUGAGCUGCAGUCUCAGCUCAGCAUGAAAGGAGCUCUGGAGGGCACACUGGGGGAGAUAGACACCAACUACUUCAACCAGCUCAACAGGCUGCAGGGGAUGGUGAGCAGCCUGGAGGCGGAGCUCAUGCAGCUGCGCUCCGACACGGAGCGCCAAUCCCAGGAAUACCGGAUGCUGCUGGACAUCAAGACCCGUCUGGAGAUAGAGAUCGCUGAGUACAGGCGCCUGCUGGACGGAGAGGAUAGCAGCAGGAGCAACAGCAGCAACAUCAGUGUAUCGACCAUCAGGAGUACUGAAACAACCAAAGUGAGCAAAACUCAGCAGUCAGAGGGAACUUCUUCAUUGUCGUCUUCGUCCUCCCAACACCUCACCUCCCUGGUGGAGUCAAAACCAGCGCCACCACCAGCACCAGCACCAGCGCCACAGGUCCUGAAAACCAGAAAGGUGAAGACCAUUGUAGAAGAGCGAAUAAACGGAAAGGUUGUUUCUACUCAAGUGCAGGAGGUGGAAGAGAAGAUGUAAAACAACCAACACUGUCUAUCUUCUAUCUACUGCUUCAUAAUACCGAAAAGGUCAUCCCAGUUGAAAACCCUACUGCAUAUAUAUAUAUAUAUAUAUAUAUAUAUAUAUAUAUAUAU